CGUGCGGCCCAGCCUCUGUGCUGGCCCUGUUGUGGCGCUGGGUUUGAAGUGUAAUCCCGCGGUCUGCUGAGGAACCGCGGACUUCCGCCGCGACUCGAGUGUUCUGAGAGAUCUUCCAUAGGUGGCAGAGCUUGAUUUGAGUGAACCCAAGUGGAAGAAUUCAGGAAAAAACAAAUUGAGACCUCCUAGGAAUUGAUAGAAACUUACAUAGGGUAGAAUUUAUUCUCCCCAUGCUUCUGAACCCAUGACGGGAAAAUGGGAAGCAAAACUGAAGCAAAUUGAAGACCGAGCAUCUUGCUAUGAGAGGAAACCAUUGUCUGUGGCGUAUAGACCAAGAUUGUCCAAGCCAGAAGACCCACCCUCCAUAUGGAAGCUAUUUCAUCGACAGAAUCAAGCUUUUCAUUUUGUUAAAAGCUGUAAAGAGAAUGUACACGUGUUUGCUUUGGAAUGCAAAGUGGGAGAUGGACAACGUAUUUAUCUUGUAACAACCUAUGCUCAACUUUGGUUUUACUAUAAAUCCAGGAAACAUCUCUUGCACUGCUAUGAAGUCAUUCCUGAAAAUGCUGUGUGCAAACUUUAUUUUGAUUUGGAAUUCAACAAACAUGCCAAUCCUGAAGCUGAUGGGAAAAAAAUGGUUGUGUUACUCAUAGAGCAUGUUUGUAAAGCACUUCAAGAAUUAUACAGUGUCAGUUGUUCAGCUGAAGAUGUUUUCAACUUAGAUUCUAGCACUGAUGAGAAAUUUAGCCGCCAUUUAAUAUUUCAACUCCAUGAUGUGGCAUUUAAAGAUAACAUUCAUGUUGGUAAUUUUGUGAGAAAAAUUUUGCAGCCUGCUCUUCACUUAAUUUCCAGUGAAGGUGAUGAUAGGAUUCCAAACCCAAUGGAUCAUGAGUUUUCCCAUUUUCCUGAAACACCAUUGAAACAAGGAAUUUCCUUUAACCAAAUAUCUCCAGAUAAGGAUGCAGUAAAGAGCCGGACUUUGAAUUCAAAGAUACCAGAGAGACCGGGGUCAGCUGAGCAAAGCAGUCCUGAUCUUUCAUUUUUAGUUGUGAAGAGUGACAUGGGAGAAAAGCAUCUUUUUGUGGAUCUAGGAGUUUAUACAAGAAACAGAAACUUUCGAUUAUAUAAAUCAUCAAAAAUAGGAAAGUGCGUGGUGUUGCAAGUUGCUGAAGAUAACAGAUUUUUUCCUAAACAGUCAAAAAAUACUUCUGAAGAAAACCAGUAUUUCCUCUCUUCCUUGGUCAGCAAUGUCAGAUUUUCAGAUUCUUUACGGAUUCUUACAUGUGACACAUCUCAGAAUAAACGAAAGCGAACUGAGCGUGUUAAGAGUACCAGCAGUAUAGAAACCAUCGAAGGCUUUCAGUGUUCACCGUACCCUGAAGUUGAUUGUUUUGUUCUUUCUUUGGUGACUAAAAAUGACAUUAAAGGAGGAAUUCGGCGUUGGAACUACUUUUUCCCAGAAGAAUUACUGGUUUAUGAUAUUUGCAAAUAUCGCUGGUGUCAAAAUAUUGGAAGAGCUCACAAGAGUAAUAAUAUCAUGAUUGUUGUUGAUCUGAAAAAUGAAGUUUGGUAUCAAAAAUGCCAUGAUCCUGUUUGUAAAGCAGAAAACUUCAAAUCUGAGUGUUUUCCAUUACCUGUUGAAGUAAGUCUCCUAUUUCUUUUCAAAGAGGAAGAGUUUAUAGCAGAUGAAUCUUGGAACGGUGAAGCCAAGAAUCCAGGUGCAUCUUCUGGCACUGGCUGGGAUAACAGAACUGAUGAUGUGUACUUCAUAGAAGCUACUGAAGAUGUGGAAUUAGCUGAAGCUGCAGAGAACAGUCUUCUCAGUUACAGCAGUGCAGUGAAUGAAAUUCCUGAUGAACUUAUUAUAGAAGUAUUGCAAGAGUAGUUCACUAUGGACAGCAUUUACAGAACCAGGCUAUACUUUGCCUCAAGUCUAUGAGAUUUUAUAAGAAAAACUAAAUUGGGGCUAAGGGUGUGGCUCAGUGGUAGAGCACUUGCCUAGUG